AUGGUUUGUUACAUACACCCUGAUGUACCUUUGCAGAAAGUUCGCUUAUCUACCAUUUUAUUUGCGGACAACUGUGAAGGGACCCACAGCCAACUCUGAAUUGCUGAAGUGUAUGCAGUUCUGGGCAACUCUACCAUUUCUAAACCCAGCUGGUGUCCGCUUUCCCACCAAAACCACCUGAACGAUGUGGUAGUUUUUAUUCUGCAGGGAAUGAGUCAGCUACACUUUUACGGAUUCUGUUUGGAGUUCGGAGUUCUCCGAAGGACAUUCAGACACAAAUUCCACUUGCCUCCUCCAUCAUCUAAUUUUUUAGCUGAUAUCAUUGGACUUCGAAAGAGACAAGCAAAUGGGAGUCAUCCCAGGAUGGUGGACGCGUCUUCACUUCCUGUCAGUGUAAAAGGCAGCAUCAACCUGCAGAAUGACCCCAUCAUUCAAAAGAAUGGCUCUAAAAGAGUGGGCUUGACCCAGUGUCUUCUGACAAAGGAGGAAAUGAAAGCGUUUCACUUUCCAUUAUAAGGUUUGUCUGACUGUGAAGACUUUGUACCCACCCACUGUGAUGGUCCUGUAAUGAAGAGCAGCCCUCUCUUUGGACUUGACUGUGAAAUGUGCCUCACAUCCAAGGGCAGAGAACUAACUCGCAUAGGCUGCUGUGUUAUGGAUGAACUCGUUAAACCUGACAACAAGAUUGUGGACUAUCUCACCAGAAGUCACAUGGAGCAAGCUCAGCUGGGGAUCACAUGCCAGAGAUGUCAACUGUUUGCUGGACCCUUUAGCAGAUGCACCCUCCAGGCUCUGAAGAAGCUGCGUAAGAGCGUCAGUCCAGUCACAUCAGUGAGUCUUGUUCUUGCAACUCAUCAGCCUCAUCUCUGUGUCCAGCAGGAAGUCCUGGAAGCUGCCCAGCUGGCAGCUUUGGAUGAUGCUCUGGUGGAAGGUAUCUGCAUCAAGGUGCAAAGGCCUGUGACAGAGCUGACCCUCCAUUGCAGUGAGCUGGAGCAAGAUUCGGAGAAGCUGGGUCCUAUUUACCAAUCUGGAGUGAGCGAAACCUUCAAAGACAACUUGUGCACCAUGCGCCUCUUCCUUGGCCUGGAAGCUGUGAUCUUGCCUAACGAUCUUAAAUGUGGACACCGAAAAAUACUGUUUCUUGAAACUCUGGCCAGUGUCCAGAAGGCCCUGGCCACUCUCAAAGGCAAGGAGUGGAAGCUGAAAGGCAGACGUGCCCUAACCCCCAGGCACCUCCAGUUCAGAGGUUUGCCUCCAGAAUCAAGGUCACCCCCACCCUCAGAGCAGCAGGCCCUACAGGUGAGUGGACCCCACCCCAAGGUAGCAGCCUGGUGCUGGGGCCGGAAGAUUAGAAAGCUUUACCACAGCCUAUGUCCAGGCACCCUCUGCCUCAACCUACGUCCAGGAACCAAGAGGUAAGGACUGUGAAGGGUUGUCCCUUUGUGAGUGGACCCUGAACUCGUUUCUUCUGUAGAAAGGACAUUUUGAAAUCUAGGCACAUUAUGAAGACUUACAUAUCUUACUCUUCACAGUACCUUUGAGACUGGUAAUAUAUUCUCACUUUACAUUAAUAUGUGUCUGAACUCACAAAGCCCUAGUGAUGUGUAAUGGGUUAUGCAUCAGGUCUGCUCAGCGGGAGAAUGAUUGGGCUUUCUCUCCACUCCUGUGAAGAUUCACAUCGUCAGAAACCCACAGGGGCACUUCUACUUUCCCUUGGAGGGGACUGAGUCAGAACUGACUUGGUGGCAGUGAGUUUGUAGUCUGAAUGGUACGUACUGCUCCCUUGAGAAAUACAGCUCCUCCCAUUUUAAAGGCGGAGACCUCAGGUCCUGCAGCCUUUCUGAAGCAAGAAGCAGAUAAGUCCUAGGACAGGACCAGACUCAAGGAUGCUCUACCCUUCCAGCCUACCAUGAUCAUGGUCCUCUGCUCUGUCCUCCAUGACCACUUGUGUUGGUUCUAAGAGCAACCAGGACCAGUGUGGCUGCUGCUGCCCACUCACAGAUUUGCUCUGUGGCAAAUGGUCAAGCAACUCUCCCACUCUGAACUCAUUGCAUCAAGCCGAUGCCGACUCAUUGCAGUUCCAGAGGCCAGAGUAGAGCUACUGAUGUGAGUCUGAGAGUCACUCUUGACUAUGGGAGUAGAAAACACUCUUUCUCCUGAGGAGGAGCUGGGGGUUUCAAACUGCUGAUCUUGCAGAUAGCAGCCCGAUGAGUAACCACUGUGCCACCAGGGCUCCCAUUUUCCUACAGCGGAUCUCAAUUUUCCCUUAGUAAAAUCAGCGAUUCAAAGUAAAUCAGUGAUUUCUCAAACUGUAUAGCCCUUUCUUUAGAUAACAAAUAAUAGAACAUCAAGGGUGGGCAGUUCUGGCUAUGAGUGGGUAGGUGAAUGAGCGUGUCUAUUAGGGGACGAGCAAAGUGAAUGGGGCUUUUCUGAGCAUCAUUUGCAAGCCACUGGAUGCUUGACUUCUAAAACGUCACGGACAGUUCUGGCUUUCUAGAAGGCAACACACGAAUGCCUCGGUCUUAGCCUGAAUGUGUGGAUCAGAGCAUCAUUUUCCAUCACAAAGUCCUCGUAACUGCAUGUCAAGCCAUUCACAGGAGAUGACUACCUGCUGGCCAUCUUGAGAGAAGCUGACGCAACUAUUAGGUUGCGUUUACAUUGGCCCCGGCUCUGGGUUCCCGAGACUGUUGAACUGUUUAUGGGAGUAAAUAGCUCCCUUGGAGCUGCUGCUGGUUUUGAACUGCUGACCAUGCAGAUUGCAGCCUAGCUCGUAACCACCCCACCAGUGGGCUCUUGUGUGGAUAGGUUAGCAGCAAGAAAGUAAAAUGUCACCAAAAGUUGCCAAUAAUGGAGCCUGGCUGUGAGACAAGCAGACCUGGCCCUCCACAGCUCCCUCGCAACCAGUGUACGGAGGGAGUGACAGCAUAGGAAACUAGGUCUUCCUGCUCCCAGGUAGAGUCUUUAAGAUUGUCAUCUGCCACUACGAGUGACCCCAAAGCAUGACCAGUUCAGUGGUCAUAGAGGGUGUGAGGGCUUGGGGAAUGCUGGGGUCAGAGAACAUCAGGGCUCAGGCCUGAUUUUGCCAAAGGCUCACAGACAGGUGUGUCAAGUCAAGAGCCAGCCCCCUUGGAAGCAGCCAACCCUGUUGUGAGGAAGCCUGGCAUUACCCCUUACUCUUCCAAGUUACACUUGGAUGUCUGCAGCCCUAUUGAUCAAACCCAGCAGCAGAAUCAUGCAUUUUCCCGAUGAGCAAACUGUGAGCUUGUUACCAACCGCCUCCUCUGG